CCCCGCCCUCCGCCCGGCGGACGCGGCCGCGACGGAAAAUGGCGGCGGCGGCGGGGAGUCGCGCGUCGUCGUCAGGACUCGCGGGCGCGGAGGCUAGCGGAGGGUCCCUGCAGGCGGGCGGGGGCCGCGAGCGGGCGGACUGGCGGCGGCGGCAGCUGCGCAAAGUGCGGAGUGUGGAGCUGGACCCGCCGCCCGCGCCGCCGUCCCCGUCCCGGUCCCCGUCCCCUUCGCCCGAGCCCGCGGGCGGCAGCUCCGCGCAGCCCGUGCUGGAGCCGCCGCCCCCCGGAGCCGCGAGCAGCGCCGGCGCCCACGCCCCCGAGCCGGGGGACCGCGGCGACCCAAGCCGUGCGGGGACGGAACCCGCGGAGCCGCCUCCAGCAGCCGCCGGCCCCGAGAUGGAGAGCAGAGAGACGCCGCGGGGCCUGCACAAGAUGGACGACCGCCCCGAGGAGCGGGUGAUCCGCGAGAAGCUCAAGGCCACCUGCAUGCCCGCCUGGCGGCACGAGUGGCUGGAGAGGAGGGGCCGCCGGGGCCCGGUGGUGGUAAAGCCAAUCCCCGUUAAAGGAGACGGACCCGAGAUCAACGCCUUCGCCGCCGAGACGCAAGGAGAGGGCCAGACGAGCCCCGCGUCCCCGGCUCCCAAAGGCCGCCGCAGCCCGUCCCCCGGCAGCUCACCCUCAGGGCGCACGGCAAAGUCGGAAUCCCCAGGAGUGAGGAGGAAGAGGGCUUCCCCGGUGCCGUUUCAGAGUGGGAGGACCACGCCCCCUCGGAGAGCCCCUUCCCCCGACGGCUUCUCCCCGUACAGCCCCGAGGAGACUGGCCGCCGGGUCAACAAGGUGAUGCGGGCCCGGCUCUACCUGCUGCAGCAGAUCGGGCCCAACUCCUUCCUGGUGGGCGGGGACAGCCCGGACAACAAGUACCGGGUGUUCAUCGGGCCACAGAACUGCAGCUGCGGGCGCGGGGCCUUCUGCAUCCACCUGCUCUUCGUGAUGCUCCGGGUGUUCCAGCUGGAGCCCUCGGACCCCCUGCUGUGGCGGAAGACCCUGAAGAAUUUCGAGGUGGAGAGCCUGUUCCAGAGGUACCACAGCAGGCGCAGCUCCCGCAUCAAGGCCCCGUCCCGCAGCACCAUCCAGAAGUUCGUGUCCCGCAUGUCGAACUCGCACCCGGCGUCCUCGCCCAGUGCGUCCACGGCGGGUUCGGAGAAUAGCAUGAAGGACGAGGAGGAGCAGCUGUGCCCGAUCUGCCUGCUGGGCAUGCUGGACGAGGAGAGCCUGACCGUGUGCGAGGACGGCUGCCGGAACAAGCUGCACCACCACUGCAUGUCCAUCUGGGCGGAGGAGUGCAGGAGGAACAGAGAGCCUCUGAUCUGUCCGCUCUGUAGGUCCAAGUGGAGGUCCCACGACUUCUACAGUCACGAGCUGCCCGGCCGCGUGGACUCCCCGUCCUCCCUGCGGGCUGCCCAGCCGCCGAGCGCCCAGGCGCAGCCCCUGGCCGGGCCACAGCGCAGGACUCAGGAGAGCGGCCUCCACCUGACCCACUACGGGGCCCAGCAGGUCCCUCCGGCGCACAAGGACUUAGCCGAGCCCUGGAUCCAGGUGUUUGGGAUGGAACUGGUCGGCUGCCUGUUCUCUAGAAACUGGAGCGUCCGGGAGAUGGCUCUGCGGCGCCUCUCCCACGACGUCAGUGGGGCGCUGCUGCUGGCCCACGGGGAGAGCACCGGGCACUCCGGGGGCGGGGGCAGCCCAAGCGCUGGGGCUGCCCCAGGGCCCCCCGCGCCCAGCGCCUCGGCGGACGUGGUGGGAGCCUGCUGCAGCGUCCUGUCCAUGGUGUGUGCGGACCCCGUGUACAAAGUGUACGUUGCGGCUUUAAAAACGCUGCGGGCCAUGCUUGUGUACACGCCGUGCCACAGCCCGGCAGAGAGGCUCCGACUGCAGCGGCUCCUGCGGCCCGUGGUGGACACCGUCCUGGUCAAGUGCGCGGAUUCCAACAGCCGCACCAGCCAGCUGUCCGUCUCGACGCUGCUGGAGCUCUGCAAGGGCCAAGCGGGGGAGCUGGCGGUUGGCAGAGAGAUACUCAAAGCUGGGUCCAUUGGUGUCGGGGGCGUUGAUUUUGUCGUGAGCUGUAUUCUCGGGAACCACACUGACUCCAACAACUGGCAGGAGCUCCUGGGCCGCCUCUGCCUGAUCGACAGGCUGCUGCUGGAGUUCCCCGCUGAGUUUUACCCCCAUGUCGUCAGUCCCGAGGCUGCCCAGGCUGAGCCUGUUGAAGUCAGGUACCAGAAGCUGCUCUCGCUCCUGAGCUUCGCCCUGCAGUCCAUCGACAACCCCCACUCCAUGGUGGGCAAGCUCUCCCGGAGGGUCUACCUGAGCUCCGCGCGAAUGGUCGCCGCCGUGCCCCGUGUGUUCUCCAAGCUGCUGGAGAUGCUGAGUGUGUCCAGCUCUACCCACUUCGCCAGGAUGCGCCGCCGGCUGAUGGCCAUCGCGGAGGAGGUGGACAUUGCCGAGGCCCUGCAGCUGGACGGCGAGGACGCUUUGGACAGUCGACAGGGCAGCUUCCCGCGGGGGUCGGGGCGUGACAGCCCCCCGGGAGCCGCAGAGCACAGCUCCACCGAGCGCACGGACCCCACAGAGAGAACUGGGAGGGGCCUGCGGGUUGCCAGGCUGAGCGCCAGCUCUGAGGACGUCUCCGACAGGCUGGCCGGCCUUUCCAUGGGGCUUCUGGGCUCGGCCACGACAGAGCAGCCGAAGCCCGUGGUGCAGACCAAGGGCAGGCCCCACAGCCAGUGUCUCAGCUCACCCCCCCUCUCCCUGCACUCCGCCUUCUCGCCCCCAGCCCCGUCGGCCCCGGCCUCCUCUGCCCCGGCCGUGCCUGACAGCUCCAGGCCCAGACCUCAGGGGUUCGCUCCCUGCAGAGCUCCUUCUGCACCCCCCCAAGCGCAGCGCAAGUUUUCCCUGCAGUUCCAGAGAAACUGCUCCGAGAACAAAGACUCGGACAAGCUCUCCCCGGUCUUCACUCAGUGCGGGCCCCCGCCCUCCAGCACCGUCCACAGGCCAAAGCCGGCUCGGCCGCCCCCAGGUGGCUCUGGCAAACAGGGUGACGCCGCCCAGCACAGCCUGACCCUUGACCUGGACGGCCCGUGCAGGGGUGACGACAGCUUCGGCAGUGACAGUCACGCUGUCAUCCCCAGCGACAAGACAGUGUUCACCCCCGUGGAGGACAAGGGCAGGUUAGAUGUCAGCGCAGAGCUCAACUCCAGCAUCGAGGACCUCCUCGAGGCGUCCAUGCCCUCGAGUGACACCACGGUCACUUUCAAGUCAGAAGUGGCCGUCCUCUCCCCCGAAAAGGACGAAAGCGAUGACACCUACAAAGACGACGUGACCCACAACCAGCAGUGCAAGGAGAAGCUGGAGGCCGAGGAGGAGGAGGCGCUGGCCAUGGCCAUGGCCAUGUCGGCGUCUCAGGACGCGCUCCCCACCGUGCCGCAGCUGCAGGUGGGGAGCGGGGAGGACGUCAUCAUCAUCCAGCCGGACACGCCAGAGACCCUGCCGGGGCACACCACGGCGAAGCUCCCCUACCGAGAAGACGUGGAGUGGUUGAAAGGCCAGCAGAUAGGCCUGGGGGCCUUCUCUUCUUGUUACCAGGCCCAGGACGUGGGCACUGGCACCCUGAUGGCUGUGAAACAGGUGACGUACGUCAGAAACACGUCGUCGGAGCAGGAGGAGGUGGUGGAAGCUCUGAGGGAGGAGAUAAGGAUGAUGAGCCACCUGAGCCACCCCAACGUGGUCAGGAUGCUGGGGGCAACGUGCGAGAAGAGCAACUACAACCUCUUCAUCGAGUGGAUGGCAGGGGGGUCUGUGGCUCAUUUGCUCAGUAAAUAUGGAGCCUUCAAGGAGUCGGUAGUUAUUAACUACACUGAACAGUUACUCCGUGGCCUUUCGUAUCUCCACGAAAACCAGAUCAUUCACAGAGAUGUCAAAGGUGCCAACCUGCUGAUCGACAGCACCGGGCAGAGACUGAGGAUCGCCGACUUCGGGGCUGCGGCCAGGCUGGCCUCCAAGGGGACCGGCGCGGGGGAGUUCCAGGGGCAGCUGUUGGGGACGAUCGCCUUCAUGGCACCCGAGGUACUGCGAGGCCAGCAGUACGGGCGGAGCUGCGACGUGUGGAGCGUCGGCUGCGCCAUCAUAGAGAUGGCCUGCGCCAAACCCCCGUGGAACGCGGAGAAGCAUUCCAACCACCUUGCGCUCAUAUUCAAGAUCGCGAGUGCGACCACGGCGCCGGCCAUCCCGCCCCACCUGUCGCCCGGGUUACGGGACGUGGCUCUUCGCUGUCUAGAACUUCAGCCUCAGGACAGACCUCCGUCAAGAGAGCUACUGAAGCACCCCGUCUUCCGCACGACCUGGUAGCCGGCCGACCAGCUGCGAUGGAGACAGGGUGCUCAACGAGAGAACUUCCCUGGGCAGCCACGUUGGUAAAUCUGCUGGCCUCCCAGCCGCUGAGCAGCUGCGAGCAGAGCAGCCCAGCGGCGAGCCCGCACCUAAGCAUGUGAUCGACAAAUCAUGGCCUGCGCCGGCGCUCGGCCCACAGCGCCCACCCACGCCCACCCGCUGCGCGGACCUCGAACCGUGCCUUUCAGGGAGAACCGGCCCUGGGCGCACAGGAGAGCGCUGACGGGUGCGCACCUGAUUGACGCUGUCAUCCCUUCACGUGUCUGAGCACUUUUUCCACAGUGCUGGCCGACGAGGGGCUCAGGGUCUGUCCUCCCGUUUCCAUUUCCCGCCCAUGUCACGUGGUGGUCGCAGUGGGGCUCUGCCAUCCUUCGGUUCCUGUCCCUGUCCCUGGCGAAACCAAUCGGUGUCUGCCUCUUUUAGGUCAGAAUAUGCUGUGAGUAGCCGUGAAAAAAUACAUUUUUUAAAGCUGUAACUUCUUUAUGAGCCACAGUUGACCUUUAUUUUUUUAAAAGCCUGAGCAGUUGUGGUUCAUUGUGCAUUUUACUGUUGGCCCAGUUAUUUCAUUGUUUGAAAUUAUGGUUCUGUAUUUUCAUUUCACCUUCAUUUUUGUUUAAUAUUCAGGGAAAGGUGAUCUUUUCAAACCAGAAAAAAAAAUAGAACUAGGUGUGAACUAGCGUUUAUUGAAUAUCUUGCUAUGGCAAGAGUUUUUUAAUACAGAAUUUUACUUGUUUUUAAAAUUGGGAUUUCUACUACCUUUAUUGAGUCUGUCACUGCCCUUCUCAUGCAGGUUUAAUGUAAGUGAAAAGCAACUGUUCUCUCAGUGCAGCUCACAGCCAAGAUCAAGGUCACCUUGAAAUCGGUCAGCGUCUGUAAUGUCCUGGCCUGGCUUGUAGGCAGUGUCACAGCGGUUAGUCUCAUGCGUCACAGCCCCUCACCACUGAGGGGUGCGGGGCUGCUGUUCUCCGUCUGGCCAGGAGGCCGCUGAUGGCUCACGGCAGAAAAACAAACCGAAUUGCUCAGCCACCAGUGGGUAAUGAGGUUUUCAACAAAAAGUUGGCUUUGAACUUGGAAAAUGGUCAUAAAGAAAAGUGAAAUUGAGUCUCAUUUACAUGCCUAUUCCCUGGACCUCAUACAGACACCUCGGUCCCCGUGCAGCUGAGUUCAGACGCAUGGAAUCCUGGAGGGAAAUGGCGGCUCUUUUGUCCUUUCUUGUUUUUUGUUUGUUUGUUCUGUGACUCUUUUAAUCAAGUACUGAUUAAGUAUUUAAUACAAUUUUUUGAGAUGUUAAGUUUUAACUCUUCAGAAGCCAGUUGCAUUGUUGCAGGAUGAAACAAUUGGUUGUUCUCAAAGACUCAGGAUAAACUAAAUAAGCUAUAUAGAGUGCAUUUUACAUGCACCACACAAAUUGGAAGUAAAACAAGUUACCAGAUGAGUUUACAGGGAUGCAUCACAUAUGAUUUUUAAAAGGCAGUUUUUAAAUGUGAAUGUGUUUCUUAGUGAAAUUUUACAUUCCUUGGUUUUUGGAAGAUUGGCAAUAUUUGAAGAGUUAAAAGUUGCGCUGAAAUGUGAAGUUUGGUAGCUCUAAAUGUGUUGUACGUGACUUUUUAUUUUUCUCUCCUCUUUUGGACACUUAGAAUUUUCACGGCUCUAAUGCAGUCGUUUCCAUGUCUCUCCUGUGCAGGCUUCACAGAUCCACUCUUGCCAUUGUACGUCCCGCAAGGUCUCCGGUCAGGUGGGCCCCGGGUGGGGUGGAGGCGCAAACCGCGCAGGCGGAGGAAGCUCACUGGUCAGUGUUAGCGGUAGGCUCCGCGCCCGCCGCCAUGCAGACCGGGCGCUGGGGGUCGGGGUCGGCAUCCGGGGCUGCAGGUGGUCGGCAGUCCCUCGGCUGGCUGCUAACGGUGGUGUUUGUUUGUUCGUUCGUUUUAUUUUCAAUGCAAAUGUGAUGUAAUAUUCUUAUUUUCUUUGGAUCAAAGCUGGACUGAAAAUUAUAUUGUGUAAUUAUUUUUGCGUUCUUAAUGUUAUUUGGUACUCGAGUUGUGAAUCAUGUGUACUGCUGUGUACUCCAGUCUCUGCUACCUCAGGUGUCUAGAGUUCUCUUCUACCAAAGUUCACUUUCCCAGCGAACUCCGUUUGCCUGUGUCUGAUCCCUAAGACUUCCAGGGCUUAAGGGCUGACUCCUCUUAGCACCUUACUGUGUAAGCAAAUGUUACAAAAAAAAUCUCUGGGUUAAGAAAAUUUGGCUUAAAUGUAUCCUUUGUUAUUUUAAAUAUAUCAAGAUAUUUUAAUUAAAAUUUUUACCCCAUUGAACGAAUUUUAUAGUAUUUGUACCUAUUUUGGUGUUUUGUCUUUAUAGUAAAUAAAAGUUUUUGAACAAA